UUUCUCACCCACCGCAUUCUGAGGCAACCGCUGGCGUCAGAAGCGGGGAAUCUCGCGCCGGUACCAAACCGGGGGGACGGGUUGGGGGAGGAGGACGCUGACACGCGGUGACCGCUUCGCUUGCCCUCGUCAGCCAGCCAGCCAGCCAGCAGGCGGCUCGUGCCCGCCUCGCCUCUCUUUCGCUCUCGCCCUGUCCCCUCCGCAGAGCAGGAGGGGGCGGCGACCGGCAAGGCAGACGGGUGAAAAGGGGGCUGUCAGACACCGGUGUCCCCCAUGAACUCUGGUGGGGGAGACGCUGGUAGCCCCGGCGGUGGGGAACUACCGCAGCAAAAAACCACCUCGCCUUCUGUGCCGCCUGGGACAGCAGCUGGGAAAGCGACUGGAGUCCCGCCCGGGCCGGGCCCCAGUAGCCGCUCCGCGAAAGGCGGGACUGGCCAGAACGAGAAAUCCGAGACCCGCUCGGUGUGUAGUAACAGCAGCUGGGAAGCCGGCGGGGGCGGUGCCGGCCCCAUCUGCAAGAUCUGCUUCCAGGGCGCUGAGCAGGGUGAGUUGUUAAAUCCUUGUCGCUGUGAUGGCUCUGUAAGAUAUACACAUCAACUCUGUCUACUGAAGUGGAUCAGUGAACGAGGAUCAUGGACUUGUGAACUCUGCUGCUAUAGAUACCAUGUUAUAGCAAUUAAAAUGAAAAGGCCUUGCCAGUGGCAGAGCAUUACUGUAACUCUGGUUGAAAAGGUGCAGAUGAUUGCUGUAAUUUUGGGAUCACUAUUCUUAGUAGCAAGUGUAACUUGGCUUCUGUGGUCGGCCUUCAGUCCCUAUGCAGUAUGGCAAAGAAAAGACCUCCUUUUUCAAAUUUGCUAUGGAAUGUAUGGUUUUAUGGAUCUAGUAUGCAUAGGACUUAUUGUACAUGAAGGAGCAUCAGUCUGCAGAGUAUUUAAGCGUUGGAGGGCUGUCAAUUUGCUUUGGGAUGUACAAAAUUAUGACAAAGCAACAGACAUAGAAGAGAGCACUCGAGGAGAAUCUUCUACAGCUAGGACUUUGUGGCUACCACUGAAUGCAUUGAGAAACAGAAAUUUAGCUCAUUCAACACAGUUAACCUCACCAAGAUUUCAAUGUGGCUAUGUUUUAUUACAACUCUUCAGUCGAAUGAGACCUCCAGAGGAUUCAUCAGAUGACAACAGUUCUGGGGAGGUUGUUAUGAGAGUGACUUCAGUGUAAAAUCAUUAUGCUUCACACACAAGGACAUUGUGCCCAGAACUUGUGAAAUAUUCUGGAAUGCAAUGCAAUGAAUGGUGAAACCAUAGCACAUAGAAAUAUAUAAACUUUUUUAGUUUAUGCUUUUAUAUGAUCAGUUGAAUUGCAAAUACAUUUUCCCAAGGAAGUAUUUCUUUCUUUUUAUACCAUGAUUUAUUACUUUUUAUCUAUUUGUACUUGGCAUUUAUAAAAAUAUAAUUUAACAGUAGCUUUAAUAAUGUGAAGACAAAUAUUUUAAACUACAACUAUUUUUGAUAGAUUUAAAUGUAUUUUCAAAGUUCUAAGUCAUCUAUAAUUUUUCCAGUUAUAAUAAAUUAAAUUAAUGACAUGGCUUGAAGUAACAAUAGAAAUUCAUCUACGUAAUUUCAGUUUGGAAAUAAGCGUAUGUUUCAUUUUGGUCUUUGGACAAAUACAGUUAUUUUAGGAUUGGAUAGUGGUGUUGUGCUGUAAACUGAGGUGAAAAAAUAUUGCAUUAUUGAAAAUAAAUUAAUUAUCUGUGAACUAUGAUUCACAGAUAUACACAUGUCACCUGGAUUCCAAGACAUUGUUAUCCAUAUUUAAUGAUAUAGGUUCUAUGAAACAAUUUUAGAGUUUUUUAUGAGAAAAAAGGGAAAUAAACACAAACAAAUAAACAAAAAUAAGCAAAUAAACAGGCACAAGAAAAGUUCCACAAUUGUUUUCAGGAUUUCUGACUGUAAGCAUUUAGCAAGAUGGUUUGUUUCUUACUUUCAUGACAAUUCUAUUUGAUUUUAUUUUCAAAUUAGCUAAAUUAAAUUCAGUUAUACUGAAAGAAAUGUACUUUACUGCAUUCCCAUUUUUUAAUCCUUUGUAUCCUUUCUUCUGCAUUUAACAUUUCAAUUAAUUUUCAGUUGUUUAAAGACAAAAAAGAAAAAGUAACUGCUUGAUAUCCAGAUAUCUUUGCAAAAAAAAAGAUAAUAUUUAUUUGUAUUCAUCCAAAGUUUCAUGAUACUUGAGUAACCUUAUCUAAGAGAUUGAUAAAAUUCUUAUAAGUAUUAAAACAGCACAAAGAUGUGGACAGAUAAUUUGUAUUAAAUAGAUUUACCUGAUCAUCUUCAUCAUAGCAUACUAUGACAAUGAAGGAAAAAUAAUUUAGCCUUCUUAAUCCUACACAAAUUGGAUGCAGCAGGAUCAGAUUAUAUAAUACCCUAUUUUGAGAUUAUAUUAGAGAGAUAGCCUUUUUACAACUUUUUCACACACACAGCCAAAAACAUCUAAGCACACUGGCCAGGAUUUCAGCAAAAUAGCUUUGUGAUAAGAAAGAACUAAUGUUGAUUUAGAUUAGAAUUUUAUAUUUAUGUCAUAUUGUUUUAUUAUACUUUUUCAUGCUUAAAACAAUACCGAGUUGGAACUAUUUAGAGAUUUUUUUUUCAAAAAAAAAAAAAAAGUUUUAAAAACCCAGGUUUUUAAAAUCAGUCUAAUUUUUGGUGUUAUUUCUUACCAAUUGCAAAGUUGACUGAAAAUAUAUCUGAAUUAUAUCCUGGAAAGCCACCAUAGUAAUUUUGCUAAUUUGUAGUUGUCCACUUUGGUCUUUCUCAGACUGGGCUGACAUUAAUAGUUAUUCUUCAUUCUUUUUAAAAAUUGUGAACUUAACUAUGAAGAAUGCUUAUUCAUUUAACAUUCAAGGACUUCCAAAAUAACUAGAACUUUAGCCUUAAGAUAUUUAAACUGUUAAUUCUACACAGUUUUUAACAUUAGUAUUAGUCCUGUGGAAUAUGAUGAAAUAUCUACGUAAAAAUGCAUGGGCUUGAGCUGAAAGAGAUAUUUCCAAUCUUUUAUGAGUGUUAUAUUUCUUUGCGGUCCUACUUGGCUGCAAACUUCACUGAUUAACACACUAUAUAUCCUGGCAAGUAGGUGCAAUAUUUAUAAUGCAGCCCUAAGUCUUACACUUAGUAAACCUUCUGUUGAAAAUCUUACUUUCAAUGUGAUGUAUCUACUUAUUUAGAUUUAUAAUAUACUUUCUAGUUAAACUCAACUCAAACUUAAUUUUUUGGUUACCAAAACUGUCAAGAUGGGGUACAACAUAUAUUUAUGAUUUAAACAACAAAUGCAACAAACAAGGGCAUUACAGUAAGUGUUCUGUAAUAGCAAUAUAUAUAAAUAUGUGUUCUCAUUUAAAUGUAAAAGACUUUUUUGUAAGCUUGUUUGUCCUGCAGAAUCAUUAGGAAAUAAACUAACAGCAAAUUGUCUGGGAAUCUGGGCCAUUGCAUUCUCAAAAUACUGUAUCUGAAAAGUACUAAGUUGUAUAUACCAGACUGUUUUAAAGGGAGCAACUGCUCUUCCCUUAUUAUGUCUACUGCAUGAUUUGCAAGAAUUCUUGUCCUGAGCAUAUUUUUGGAAAGGGAUUUUCAAGAGAAGAGGCCCUCCCUUUGCUGCGCUAUACAUAGUUAAAAAAUAAAGUUAGGAAAGCCCCAGUCAUGAAUAUUUUAUUGCUCCAAGUGUGUGUCUAAAAAGUGGGCAAUAAAACAAAAGUUAUUUUUUCCUUCUGAAACAUUUGUAUAUAGCAUAAAGAUACUUGUCUUUAAAAAUCUCACUACCUUUAUUGCCCAAUCUUAAUUCCCAUUCUUCUAGAACAUUUACUAUAUUUCCUCAACAUUUCUUUUUUUUCCCUUCAAGUGACACUUCAGCACUUGAAAAUAUACCUUGAGACACAAGGUCCAAAUCAAGUUUUUUUAAAAAAACUUGAUUAAAUAUUUCCAAUGUUCUGAAUAGUUGGAGAAAUCCACAAACUAGGUAGAAAAUAUCAAUUUUUGCAUAGUUCCUUUUGUUCUAAACUGAUCUUCCUCUGUUAGAGGAAUAUGAUAUUUAGAUGAGUCUAUUUCUACUCUGACAGUUUCAUAGGAUGGGUUCAUAUGGGUUACAAAUCCUAUUUUUUUGCAUCAACCACUAGUUUAAAUAAAGAAAAAAUUAAAAAAAAUGCAUUUUUAAAUAAAACAUAUUUGUAUGCAAUCUGCUUUGGGAUAAUAUUUAACAAUGAAAAGGGGAAUACAAAUUGUAUGAAUAAAAUAUGAAUUUUAGGAGAUGUCUUAAGUAUAUUGUGUAUUGGACUAAGAUAUGUACUUUCAAACUAAAAUUCCCAUAUCUCUGCUUUUUAAUAUUUUUUUGUCAUUUGAGAAUAAUAUAAAGUUGAGGAAGAAAAGAAAACAAACAGUCCAGGGAAUGCAAGUUAAAGGACCAUACGCUUCAAAAAUGCAGAAUGAAUUUAAAUAAUAUUUUCAUGUAAAACAAUAGAACAAGGAUAGAGUUAUAAAUCAGUGUUUAUUUUUAUUAGUUUUUCUUAAUUCAAGUCUUCCCAGGCAUUUUGACCUAGCUUCUUUUCUUGAAGUCUUCAAAUAAUAUUGUAAAAACGUGGCUCCAAUUUUCUGUUGCUGAACUGAUAAAGUCUUUACAGGUCAGAAAAUAGAGAUAUCUAAGUUUGAAGUAAACACGAUACAUAUACAAGAUAUAUGACAGCACAAGUUAUCCUUGAAAUUAGUGGGUCAUGUUCUUGAAUAAAUUUUGAUGCAACAACAAUGCUUAGAAAGAUCUGUGCAUAGAUGUCAUCAUCAUUAACUUAUUCACUCAUUCCUAGAAAACUGGAAUCAUCCCUCUCUAGUCUAAUAAAUGUGUGAUGGAAGUAAUGUAUACUGCAUUUUAUAUUAUCUUUUUUGGAAAUCUUGUGUGUUAACCGAAAAGAGACUGACUAGCCAAAAUCCUGAAGUAGAAAAAUGUAUAAAGCUUGGAAGCUUCAAAGAUAGAAAGAUGAGCUUCUCCAAGUCAUCUAUUUGAAUCCAAAGCCCCAGCUGCUCCAGCUGCAUCAAACCUUGGAGAAAGUUCUUUUCCCCCAAGACCUUAUUUGUUUAAUUAGCAUAGGAAAAAUGUUGUUUGAUUUUAUUUGGCCAUCUAAUUUUAUCAGUUCAAAAAAGUGUUGCUUUGGUAAGUCUUUUGUACAAAGCAUGAAACAAUUAUAGUAUAACUAAUUCCAAAAGGUAAUUCAUAGUUCAACUUUCUCCAUUUCUUUGCCAUUUUAUGCUUUUAAAUCUAAAACUGAUUUUUUUUUUUUUUUUUGGGACAAAGAACUAUUGUCUUUCCCAAAGGUUUCUGAAAAGUCUUGCAUUAAGAAUUGUUCACUGUAAGGCCACAAAUACAACUGUCUCAAAAGACUGGAUUAAUUUAGAAAAAUAAGACAGGACAUUUGUACUUUUAACAUCUCUGUAGAAGAGAGCAUUUGGUAUGUCUGUCUGGCAUUCAAAGUUACAUAUGUUGAAAAUUCCUUUGUUUACAGAAUUAUUAAAUUGUUAUUUUCUGUGUCCUGUCACUUUGCUAAAUAUUUCUGUAGAACGUAUGGGCAAAUAGGUCACAACCUAUGCUAUGUCAGUUUAAUGGUUGAUAAAUUUAAUAGUGCAUACUUUUAUGGGCUGUGGUUUUAUAUUGGUUUAUUCUUUAAUCAGUAUUGCUAAAAUUUGGCAAAUCAUACCCAGAACUUCAAUAUUCUUGUUCACAGCUCAUAGAAGGAGAAAUGCUAAUUUUUCCUUGUAUCUUUAAUCCAUCUUUCAUAUCUAGUAUAUUAAAUUACUUUGCCUUAAGGAAGGUGAAAGUUGGUGUGCUCUUCAGUGGAUUUUAUCCAGAGUAUCAGUGCCCUUUUAAAUAGCUCACUGUGCAUUAGUGCUUAGAAGUGGGUGGAUGGAAAGAAAUAAGAUGGAUUAUUUCAUAUUAAGCUAGACUAAAUUUACUCUGUGGUCCACUGUAUAAAUAAUUACCUUAAACAUGUGAAUGAACCCUUUCAUACAUUGGAAUAGCUACAGCUGCAGUCAAUAACCAGUAAUGAUUAAAUGAAGUUUCAAAUUAAUGAAUGGACUCAAAUAGACUGGACUCUGAACAGGUUGCUGUUGUUUUUUAUCUUUUUGCUGAAGGUCAUUUGGAUUGUAGCACAGAUAUUCUAAGUCUCAUUAUUUUUAAACAACAAUAUCCUGACAGAUCUAUGUUUAAUAAUAGAUUUCUUGCUGAAGUUAAUAAGAAACAAUGCAAAAUAUUCACAAUCCGCAGUGCAUAUCAUCAGUGUAGUUGAAAAUCCUUUGCUACCAUUAUGUUCUUCCUCCUCUUUCUAAAGCCAACCCUGGGCUGUAUUUGGGCAUCAGAUGUCCAAGGGAUUUUUUUUCCUAAUUCCAAAAUAACUCUGCUUGGUGUUGUAUGAAUUAUUAUAAUACAAGCUUGGACAGUGCAGCGUAGAACCUACAGUUGCUUCAUUCUCUAGUUUCAGACAACAUAUUAAGUAAUAUUUUGUUUUAGCGACCAGCUAUUUCUGUAAAACUACAUUAUGCCUUAUUGCAGCAUAUGAAUGUAUCCACUAAAUAUGGGAUAAUUUAAUUUCACUUUAAAAAAAGGAGGAUAUCCCUAUACUUUAAGUGCUGGUGCUUAUCUCUUCAUUGUUCUUUUUUCUUCUUUCCCCCUCCUAUUUCCUAAUGUGGUACUUCUCAAAUAGAAAAUGGUCAUUAAUGUUUAUUAUUCUUAUUAUAUAAAAUAUCACAGAGAAAAAAAUGAAACUUCAUUGGCAAUAGAGCUAUAUAUCAUAUUGAAUAAAAUCAAUGAAUCUCAGAACAAAAGCGGUAAUUUAAAAGUCCCCAGACAUUUCUCAUUCUGCAAAACUUUCUGGUCUCAGAUCUAGAAGCAUUUUCCUCAGUUACAUUUCUGAAUGCAUCUAAAUUACUAACUUUAUAUGACUUUUUCUCCUGAAGAAAACUACAGUAGUUUUAUUUACAAAAACAUCUCAACAAAACAAAUCAA